UCUCUCUCUUUCAGUCGUUAGCAACUCCUCUGCACAAUCUUUCUCCCUCAUCUGUUUUUACGUUUUGAUUUUUCUAGUUCUGAUUCAACUCUCUUGUCAUCGCAAUUCUGCUUUCGGGUACAAUCGAAUAGCUGUGGGUGAUCCAAUCGUUUCUUCUCUGUUACUCGAGAGAUCUGACUGAUUCGUUGCAUCUCUUCUGCACCGGAUAGAAGAUUAGGCGGAAAUGAAGCGGAUGAGAGAUGACGUUUACUCAUCUGGGUCUCAAUUCAAACGCUCUUUUACCUCUUCUCGACGCGACUCAUAUGUGCAAUCCCCAAUCCCUGCAAGUGGUGGCACCGGAGGAGGAGGGAGGAUUGGUGAUGAGGGAGUCAACUCUCAGAAACUGACAACCCAUGAUGCUUUGUCCUACUUGAAAGAUGUUAAAGAGAUGUUUCAAGAUCAAAGAAGCAAAUAUGAUAUGUUCCUUGAGGUUAUGAAAGACUUCAAGGCACAAAGGACCGAUACAUCUGGUGUGAUUGCACGAGUCAAGGAGUUGUUCAAGGGGCAUAACAAUUUGAUUUUCGGGUUUAACACCUUUCUGCCUAAGGGAUUUGAAAUAACCCUUGAUGAUUUAGAAGAAGAAGCUCCACCGAAGAAGACUGUUGAAUUUGAAGAAGCUAUAACCUUUGUAAAUAAAAUUAAGAAACGGUUCCAGCACGAUGUAGAUGUCUAUAAGUCUUUCUUGGAGAUCUUAAACAUGUAUCGUAAGGAUGAUAAGGACAUCACUGAGGUUUACAAUGAGGUAUCGACUCUUUUUGAGGACCACCCGGAUUUGCUUGAAGAGUUCACUAGGUUCUUGCCAGAGUCUUUGGCGCCUCAUUCAGCUGCCCAGUUUAUCCGGAGUCAGGUACAACGGUAUGAUGACAGAGGAUCAGGCCCUCCUGUUGUGCGUCGAAUGUUAAUAGACAAGGAUCUCCGACGACGAGAAAGAGCUGUUGCUUCUAGGGGUGACCGUGAUCACAGUGUUGACCGUUCUGACCUUAAUGAUGACAAAGCAGUGGUUAAGAUGCACAGAGAUCCUAGGAAACGAGGAGACAAGGAGAAUAGAGAAAGGAGAAGCCGUGAUUUGGACCAUGGAGAAGCAGCUCAAGAUAACUUGCACCAUUUUCCAGAGAAGAGGAACUCAUCCAGAAAAACUGAGGAGUUUGAUGCUUAUUCUGGUCACGCCUCACAUUCUGAUAAAAGCAAGCUAAAAGGCAUGUACAACCAAGCAUUUGUGUUUUGUGAGAAAGUCAAGGAGAAACUAUGCAGCCAAGAUGAUUAUCAGACAUUCUUGAAGUUUCUCAAUCUUUUCAGCAGUGGGAUUAUCCACAGGAAAAAACUGCAGAAUUUGGUUUCUGAUCUGCUUGGAAAAUUCCCUGAUCUCUUGGAUGAGUUCAAUCAAUUCUUCGAGCGUUGUGAGAGUAAUGAUAGUUUCCAGCACCUCGCUGGCGUUAUGAGCAACAAAUCACUUAGCAGUGAUGAACAUUUAUCUAGGCUAAUGAAGGCGGAAGAAAAAGAAAGAGAUGACAAACGCGACCUUGAGGCUGCUAAGGAAAAGGAGCGUUCCAAGGAAAAGUACAUGGAGAAAUCUAUUCAGGAGCUUGAUCUAUCUGAAUGCGAGCGUUGCACUCCUAGCUACCGGCUCCUUCCUUCGGAUUAUCCAAUACCUUCUGUGCGCCACAGACAGAAAUCAGUAGCUGCUGUUCUAAAUGAUCACUGGGUUUCUGUCACCUCAGGAAGUGAAGACUCCUUUAAGCACAUGCGCAGAAACCAGUAUGAAGAAAGCUUGUUUAGAUGUGAAGAUGACAGAUUUGAGUUGGAUAUGCUGUUGGAAUCUGUGGGAUCUGCUGCGAAAAGCGUAGAAGACUUGUUAAAUACUAUCAUUGAGAAGAAAAUCAGUUUUGAGGGCUCCUUCCGGGUUGAAGACCACUUCACAGCCCUAAAUUUAAGGUGCAUAGAGAGACUUUAUGGCGACCAUGGUCUAGACGUGACAGACUUAAUUCGUAAGAAUCCAGCCGCUGCACUUCCUGUGAUUCUGACUCGUUUGAAGCAGAAACAAGAUGAAUGGACAAAGUGCCGUGAAGAUUUUAAUGUGGUCUGGAAGGAUGUGUAUGCGAAGAACCAUUAUAAAUCACUUGAUCACCGCAGCUUCUAUUUUAAGCAGCAAGAUUCUAAGAACUUGAGUGCAAAAGCGCUAGUGGCUGACAUCAAGGACCUUAAAGAGAAGUCUCAGAAAGAAGAUGAUGUUCCUCUGUCUAUUUCUGCUGGAUACAGACAACCAAUAGUUCCUCACUUCGAGCAUGAAUAUCUCGACAGAACUAUUCAUGAGGAUCUAUUCAAACUAGUCCAAUUUUCAUGUGAGGAGAUAUGUUCUUCAAAAGAGCAGAUCAGUAAAGUUCUGAGGCUCUGGGACAGUUUCCUGGAGUUGAUACUUGAUGUUCCACCCAGGGACAAGGGGUCAGAUUCUGUUGAAGAUGUUGCAGAAACCAAGCAUCACGUUACGGGUGGGGAGGCUAAUGCGAGUUCUGACGCUGUAAGUUUGGUUUCAAGGCAACUAAAAUUUGCUGCCAAUGGAGAUGAGUAUGGUUCAUCUGGGAUCUCCAAACAUGCCGGAGCUGGUAAGGAUGUUGAUCAGGCUAGUAAAGAUGUUGCCACCUUUUCUGCUGUAAAUCCCCAGAAAGAUCGUGAAACUGGAAAUGGAGCUGAUAAAAGAUCCGGAGGUGUUGAUGAAAGAGUAGCCACUUCAAGUGCAUCAUUCCCAAGUGGGGUAGAAAACAAGAAUGAUAACAUUGAUGCCAUUCAGCGUACCCAGGUUGGUGAUAUUGGUAGAACUAUAGCUAUAGCAAAUGGAGUGAAGCCAGAUACUUCUAAAGCCAGCAGUAAUGAAGAUGAAUCCGGUAGUCCAUCCAAAAUCGAGAAGGAGGAAGGUGAACUGUCACCUAUUGGUGAUUCCGAAGACAACAACUAUGUUGUUUAUGAAGAUCGUGAACUGAAGUCUACUGCCAAACCAGAACAUUCUGUUGAAGCUGUAGGAGAAAAUGAUGAUGACGCUGACGAUGAGGAUGGUGAUGAUGCUUCAGAAGGUGGCGAGGACGCGUCGGGAACUGAAUCUGUUGGUGACGAGUGUUCACAGGACGAUAAUGGUGUGGAGGAAGAAGGUGAUCAUGGUAAAGCUGAAAGUGAAGGAGAGGCAGAGGGUAUGGAGUCACAUCUUAUAGAAGACAGUGGGUUGCUUCCAUUGUCAGAACGUGUUCUAUUAUCCGUUAAGCCUCUUUCAAAGCAUGUAGCUGCAGCGGAUGAAAGAAAACAAGAUUCCAGAGUUUUCUAUGGGAAUGACGACUUCUAUGUUCUUUUCAGGCUUCAUCGAAUACUGUACGAGAGAAUUUCCUCUGCAAAGACAUAUUGCAAUCGGAGAAACACGAAAGAUUCUACUAGUUCACCAGAUCCUUAUGCAAGGUUUAUGAGUGCUCUGUUUAGUCUGCUUAAUGGCUCAGCUGAAAGCUCCAAAUUUGAGGAUGAAUGCCGAGUUAUCAUUGGAAACCAAUCAUAUGUUUUAUUCACCUUGGAGAAACUGAUAUACAAAUUGGUUAAACAGCUUCAAGCUGUUGUAGCGGACGAUACUGACAACAAGCUUCUUCAGUUGUAUGAGUAUGAGAAAUCUCGGAAACCUGAUAGGGUCGUUGACUCUGUCUAUUAUGAAAACGCCAGGAUCCUCCUUCACGAGGAAAACAUUUAUCGGUUGGAAUGUUCGUCCUCUCCUUCUCGUUUGUCAAUCCAGCUUAUGGAUAAUAUAAUCGAAAAGCCUGAGGCUUAUGCAGUUUCCAUGGAACCAACGUUUGCUAGUUAUCUGCAAAAAGAGUUUCUUUCCAACUCAUCAGGGAAAAAAGUAGUGCCGCAGCCAAUUCUGUUACAAAGGAACAUGCGUGGAUACUCUGGCCUGGAUGAUCUUGCAGUUGCCUGCAAGGCAAUGGAAGGUGUAAAAGUAACCAAUGGCCUUGAGUGCAAGAUGUCUUGCUCUUCCUACAAGAUUUCGUAUGUUUUGGACACGGAAGAUUACUUCCACAGGAAGAAGAAGCAUAAGAAGAGUGAUGACUUGUCACAAGACAAAUCAUGGGAGCAACGUAAGUUGGAUAGAAUAGAAAAAUUCCAUACCUUUCUUUCAGCUUCAAGAUGACAACAAGAACAGCAAAAAAAAAACUAUCUUACUCUCUUUUACUUCAACACACAAGGAAGGUUAGAGACGGACCAAUGAAGUUUCAAUACUUUCUCGUUAGUUUUUUAUGUUUAGUGUGUAUUUAUCUAAUUUGUGUCUUGAUUUAGGGUUAGAACCAAAAAAUGUAUGGUGGUAAAUAUUGGAAAACACAUACAUGAUUAUCCUCUUGGUUUGAAUCUACUACAAACAUAGAAAGGUUCAAAGGAGAUUCUCUCUUUUAUAUAAAUAGUGAUUGUUCAAUAUA